AAUGUCUUAUUAUUAUAUAAUAUAAUUAAAAAAUUAUUAUAGUUUUAUUUUUAAAAAUAGAAUAGUGUUGUUGUGAUUUUAAUAUUUCUCUUUAGGGGAUAGGGGAUGAGGACGAGAAUGAUGGAGUUUAUUUAAGCUUUGGUCCUUCUAUGGCGGUGACCCUCCUCCUACUAUCCGCUUCCACUUCCACCCACCCCUAAAUCCUAUACCCACUUUCCUUCAAUACCCUUUUCCGAAAUCACACUCCGGUGAUCGGAGCUCCGUUUUCUCUGCCUUGGGUCGGCGACUCUCUUUUACCUUCUUCAUGGUCCUCUUUCUUCUUCAUCAUUCCCGGGACAGAGUAGCAGAGCUGGAAGCUGGAAGAUAAGGCCGUGUUGAAAUCAAUUUGUAUAGGGAGACUGAGAAUAAGGAAUCCCAAGAAGAAAAAAAUGAAUGGGAAUGGAGUGGCGGUUGGAAAUGGAGGAAUUGGUGGGUUGGAAAACGAGUACAUUCGAAGACACCAUAGGCAUCAACCCGGAGGCCAUCAGUGUAGCUCUGUUCUUUCCAGACACAUCAAAGCCCCUGUUCAUCUUGUUUGGUCAUUAGUGAGGCGAUUUGAUCAACCACAAAGGUACAAACCGUUCAUCAGCAGGUGUGUUGCUCAGGGGAACCUUGAGAUUGGGAGUUUGAGAGAAGUUGAUGUGAAAUCUGGACUUCCAGCCACCACAAGUACUGAAAGAUUGGAAUAUCUAGAUGAUAACGAGCACAUCUUAAGCAUGAAAAUUAUUGGGGGUGACCACAGACUUAGGAACUACUCUUCAAUUGUCUCGCUUCAUCCAGAAAUCAUUGAUGGAAGACCAGGGACUUUGGUGAUAGAAUCAUUUGUGGUGGAUGUUCCUGAAGGCAACACGAAGGAUGAAACCUGCUAUUUUGUAGAAGCCUUGAUUAAAUGUAAUCUCAAAUCACUUGCUGAUGUCUCAGAGCGGCGUGCAGUGCGCGACAGGACUGAACCUAUUGAUCGGAUGUGAGAGUUUGGAACUGGGGACCAAAGUUUCAACCUACCUUAGACUGCAUGGAUGAAGCUUUCGAGGCUUUCGCAUCUCGGAUGCUCUGGAGACGGACAUGCAGUAGUAUUUUCCGACAUAGGCCAUGCAGUAGUAUAUAUCUCUUAUACAUGAUCGUUCCUGAUUAUAAUCAAGAUAAAACUCUCUCAAAGAUGGGAAUGUGUUUUCAAAAUCAUCAAGAAUCAACCCUCCCAUUCGCCAUAACUUAAAUCCCAAACCUUUAGAAUAUUUAUUGGUAGAAACUGUCAGGUUUUUUAGAAGAUCUUACAGAGUUAUGGCAAGUGUUUUAGGUUGGUAAUGUUACCUAUGUAUUUUGGUACCCCAUUUCCCAAAUCAUUACCUCAGUAGUCAAAAUGUUCAAUAGAUUUCUUUUGUAUCCAAAAGAACCAUUUAUGAUGUUAUUUGUGAGACAUCCUAUUAAGAUUUAUGCUAGAAUUUAAUAAGCAAGUAGUUGUUGUAGAUGUAUAUUAUUGAGUUUAUUUUAAGAGGUUCCUAAUCUUUUCUAUAAAAUUGACACACAGGCUUCAAACUUCA